AUGUUUCGCAAGCAAACUGAUCCUACACCUACAUCUCGUGGAAAGUUUCAUGCUCAAAUUGAUACAAACCUUGUAUCAAUUGAAAUAAAUCGGUUGAGCCUCUCUUAUCCUGCAAGAUUGAUCUACCGAUCGAAUUCCUGCUCAAGCAGUUUGUCUGCCACCGUUAUUACAGAGGACCGCUACGGCGCUACCACCAAGUGCCCCCACGUCGCCUCAGGCAGAAGCUCCCUCGUCAGCUUUCCUCGUCAACCUACAGCCAAGCUCCCCAACCGCAUCAACUAUUCAAUCCCACGCAUCAACACCGCACCCGCUCAUCCAGCCCACGCUUCCUCAAUCAACGGCAAAAUGACUUCGAUAGGGACGGGGUACGAUUUGCUCAACUCCAUCUUCUCGCCCGACGGCCGCAACUUUCAGGUUGAAUAUGCUGUCAAGGCAGUGGAGAAUGGCGGCACAUCCAUCGGCAUCCGCUGCGACGAGGGUGUCGUCUUGGCCGUUGAAAAGGUGGUUGCGUCGAAGCUGGCCAAGGCCGGCGCCAACAAGCGCAUCGGUACCGUUGAUAAUCACAUUGGAAUCGUCUACUCUGGCAUGACCCCGGAUGGACGCCACUUCAUCGACCGAGCCCGCGACGAGUCACACUCGUGGCGCCAAAACUUCAAGGCGCCUAUCCCCACAGCCGACCUGGCCUCGCGCAUGGGCAGCUACCUGCAAGCAUACACCAUGUAUGGCUCGGUGCGGCCCUUUGGCAUCACGGGUAUCAUUGGCGGCGUCGACACGUCCGAAGACACGCCUGUCGCGGGCGAGGUUGGGUCGGGUCCCGCGUGCGGCGCUGGCGGCAAAGUCGCGGGCAAGAAGCACGGCGGCCCGUUUCUAUACAUGGUCGAGCCCAGCGGCCAGUACUGGGGCUACUACGGCGCCGCGACGGGCAAGGGCCGCCAGACCGCCAAGGGGGAGCUCGAGAAGCUGGACCUGCAAAGCGGCGGCAGCAUGACUCUGUUGCAGGCCGUCAAGGAGGCCGCGCGGAUCAUCUACGUCGCGCAAAAGGACAACAAGGACAAGGACUUUGAGCUCGAGAUGACGUGGAUCAGCACCGCCGACGGGCCUACCAAGGGCCGCCACGUCGAGGUGCCCAAGGAGCUCCGCGAGGAGGCCGAGAGGUUAGCAAAGGCCGAGGACGAGUCGGAUGACGAGGAAGAGGAAAGUGAUAAGAAGGAUGACGACAAGAUGGAAGAAUAA